AUGACGUUCAAAUCUUUCCCCCUCAGCAGCGACAUGGUCUCGGUCUCGGACGAGGACUACAACGGCAUCUCUGGUGCACACCGCAUCCUCCUCCAGAUCACGGCCCAGAUCCACCGCCUCGACGCGAGCCAUAACACUAUCGGCACGAGGGGCGCCGUCUCGCUGUUUGAUGGCCUCGCGAGUGCACGCAGGCGCUUCUCGAGUCUUCCUGGCGCAGAGCUAUGGGGCAUGACUGAGAUCAAUGUCGCGCGCAACGAGAUUGGAGACGACGGAUUCGCAAGCGCAAUGUACUACGUCUCAAAGGACCAGGCAAUGCGCUCGCUGUUCAUGCAGGCCAACGAGGUUACUCUCGAGGCUAUUGCCGACACUGUCGUCGAGCGCAUCAACGCGUCCAACCUCCGCAAGCUCUCUCUCACGAGCAACCCCCUCUCCCCCGAUGCGGUGAACAGACUCUUCGCCCAGCUCAACACACCCCAUCUCCGCGAACUGCAUCUGAGCAUCUGCGACCUGCCGCCAUCGUGCGUGCCAGCCAUUGUCGAGUUCCUGCGCUCGCCGCGCUCCCAGAAACUCGGCGUGCUGGAACUCAACGCCAACGCCCUGGGUCGUCUGGGCGUCACAGCCAUCCUCGACGCCGUCGAGUCGGCAAACUACUCGGUCUACCGCAUUGGCCUGAGCGCCAACAAUCCUGUGCCUGCGCGCUCCAGCUCGGGAAGCGACAGCGAGAACGAGGACGUGUGGCGCGAAACACACGGGGUGUGGGAGAGCGACGUCGCGAUGAACCCUGACGACCCCCGCUCCAUGAGCAACCAGAUCAACAACCGCCUGCCGACGCUGCAGAGCCGUAACGCCGAGCUCGGGCGGCGCGUGCGUGGUGCUGCGAGCCGCGCUAUCGCGCCCCUCCGCAUGAUCGUGAACGCGCGCGCACCGACCGAUACCGAGACGGCGCAGCGGGUUCUUGCUGAUGUCGCGCCUGACGCAGCCCCACCACCCCACUUCCCACUCCUCGAGCUACCGCCUGAGGUACAGCUCGUCAUUGCCCGCCAUUCGAGCCAGGAUGCCGACGCCCUCGCCGAUGACCAGUGGGCACGCCUCGUCGGCCACGCCAAGGACACCACGAGCCUCAGCAAGAUGGCUACGCGCAUGAAGCGCGCACAGCAGUCGGUCCAGUUCGGUGACGCACGCAAUUACAGGGAACAGGCAGUGCGCGAAGCUUGGCUCGGCGAGAUGGGCUGCGAGUGGUGGGAGCUCGAGGACCAGCGUUACUGGGAUCGCCUGUACCGCCGCGCACCGAGUCGCCGGCGCGGCAUCAGUCCCAAUGGGCAUCCGGACGCCAUGCUCCCCAAGGGGACGUAG